AUGUGCUACGGAAAAUGUGCGAGAUGCAUUGGCAUCACACUCAUCCCUCUGGCUCUUGCCAGCAUUAUUUUGAAUACGCUGCUUUUCUUCCCGAAUGGAGAAACGGGAUACAAUACUCCAGAGAAACUGGCAGAGACCGUCUGGUGUUUCAGUGGGAUUUUAGGAUCUGGACUGCUGAUGGUGUUCCCAGUCCUGGUGUUUAUGGGCAUGGAAAAUAAUGACUGCUGUGGGUGUUGUGGAAACGAAAGCUGCGGGAAACGAUUUGCGAAUUUCUCCUCGAUAAUCUUUGCUGGGAUAGGUGUGGCAGGAGCUGCCUACUGUUUCAUCGUUUCGGCAGUGGGUCUCAAUCAAGGACCAAAAUGUAUCACAAAGAGCGACAGAAAUUACACCUACCCCUUUGCUGAUGGCGAUUACCUGGGAAACCACGACAUAUGGGAUACCUGUAUUGAACCUUCCAAUAUAGUCUCCUGGCACGUCACAUUGUUCUCUCUCCUGUUGGUGAUAAGUGGAGUUCAGCUCGUUCUUUGUGCCAUUCAAGCUAUCAAUGGGCUGAUUGGGUUUAUCUGUGGAGAAUGCAGCUGCUGUUCAUGCUGCAGUUCAGCCUAACAGUGCUGCAAUGUGAAGCAGAUUGUUCAACACCAGCACUAGACGACCAAUAAUUGAGGCUAAGCAGCUGCAGGAAACUUUCUUCUGACUCUUUUUGCCACAUGAACACGCAACACUUCUGAAUAGAAACACGCAUGGAUUUCAUUUUAUUCCCUGAAAAUAAUCUGCUGAGCCCAGAAUGUGGAAGCAAGCCUACUGGAUUCGUGUGACAUUCCCCGGGCAAUGAUGUUAAGAGAGGCGUUAACCAGUUUAGUUUAAACUAGUUUUAAAAUAGAGAAAUCUCAUACAAUUUUGUGCUAACACACAUUCCUGGGUCGCUAGAGCAAACGUUGAUCUUACUUUAACUCAGGAGGACCCUGCUAACAAAAAUGUAUGUGUAAAAACAUGUGUGUAAAAUGUAUUUCUUCCAUGAGUUGACUUAUUAAUAUAUGGCUCUGGGUUUGAGCUUUCAGCUCACUACCUUGGGUGUAGAAUAGGCUUUGUGUAAUGUCUGCCCUGUAUAGAAAGUUUCCAGAUUAUUCCUUUCCAUUGAUUUAAAUGGAUAGAAGCUCAGGUGGUUUAUGUAACAGGUUAUCUGAUGCAAUGUCAGUUUAACCUGCCUCCAGUCA